AAGCAUCAGAAAUUGCACUAGCUUAAUAAGAGUGCGACUUAAUGGAAAUCGACUUGCUGCAAAUGUAUCAGAAGUCUUUGGUGUAUACCCGCAUCUCAUAUUCAUGGACAUCAGUGACAACAUGUUGUUUGGUGAACUCUCACCAAAUUGGGGAGAAUGCCAAAAUUUGACAAAGCUACAAUUAUCCGGGAACAUGAUUACCGGUAGAAUUCCUCCUGAGAUAGGGCAGUUGACUCAGCUAAGUGUGCUUGGUCUUUCUUCAAACCAUCUGGUGGGCGAGAUUCCAAAGGAAUUUGGGAGGCUGACUUCUUUGUUCAACUUAACUUUAAAUGAAAACCAGCUUUCUGGUCAGAUACCCCAAGAGAUUGGAAAACUAUCCAAUUUGGAGGUUCUUGACUUGUCAAUGAAUCACCUAAGUGGUCCAAUACCACCUCAAUUAGGUGAUUGCUUCAAACUCCAAUAUCUGAAAUUGAGCAAAAAUGUUUUUAAUGGAAGCAUUCCUUUUCAGAUCGGUAACCUAGUAUACCUACAGGAUUUACUAGAUCUAAGUCAUAACUCCCUCAAUGGACAGAUAUCACCACAAUUCACGAAAUUGAUUCGGCUGGAAAAGUUAAACCUCUCCCACAACAUGCUGUCAGGCUCCAUUCCACCUUCUUUUGAAGGGAUGUUCAGUUUGCAAUCCAUUGAUUUUUCAUUCAAUGCUUUGGAAGGUCCUCUUCCCAACAGCAAAAGCUUUCAGAAGGCUCCUGCAAAGGCAUUCAUAAAUAAUAAAGGCUUAUGUGGUGAAGUGCAAGGUUUGCGACUUUGCAAUGCCUCUUCAAUCAAUCGUAGUGAUGUGAUGAAAGGUCACAGAGUUGUGAUCCUCAUUAUUCUUCCUGUCUCAGUGGCCUUCUUUCUUUUAUUUGUAAUCAUUGGCAUUUCUUACAUUUAUUAUCAAAGAAGAAGAAAUAUAAAGAAAGGGGUUCUUGAGAGAAGCAGCGGAAAUCCAUUUUCAAUAUGGAAUUAUGAUGGGAUUGCUGUGUUUGAAGACAUCGUGGAGGCAACAGAGGGUUUUGACGACAAAUACUGCAUUGGAAUUGGAGGGUAUGGAAAAGUUUACAAAGCAAAUCUACCAAUGGGUCAGGUAGUAGCUGUGAAGAAACUUCACCCACUCGAAGGAGGGGAUCAAUCUGAUCAAAGAAGCUUUAGAAAUGAGAUACAAGCAUUAACCGAAAUCCGCCAUCGCAACAUAGUGAAGCUUUAUGGCUUUUGUUGCCAUUUCCGAUGCUCAUUUCUCGUUUACGAGUACAUGGAAAGGGGAAGCUUGGCAAGUAUCCUAAGCAAUGAUGAAGGAGCUGCACAAUUGGACUGGACUCUAAGGGUGAAGAUUAUUAAAGGUGUGGCCUAUGCUUUAUCUUACAUGCACCAUGAUUGCACCCUACCAAUUGUCCAUCGAGACCUAUCAAGCAACAAUGUUCUGCUGAAUUCAGAACUUGAGGCUAGUGUUUCUGAUUUUGGCACUGCACGAUUGCUGAUCCCUGAUUCGUCCAAUUGGACUACGCUUGCAGGCACUUGUGGAUACAUCGCUCCAGAGCUUGCCUAUACAAUGAGGGUGACUGAGAAAUGCGACGUCUAUAGCUUUGGUGUUGUGGCACUUGAAGUGAUGAUUGGAAGGCAUCCUGGGCAACUCAUCUCCUCCUUGUCAUCACCAAAUAGAGAUGAUCCACUGGUAAAGGAUAUGUUGGACCAACGUCUCUCCAAUCCGACGGCGGAGGUUGCACACGAAGUCAUAUUUGCAGUGUCCAUGGCGCUCGCAUGCAUUCGGCCGGAUCCUAACUCUCGGCCAACCAUGCACCAUGUGGCCCAGGAGCUAUCUGUUGGUGGGCCUUCUUUCUCUCUAGAGCCAUUUCAUGCACUUUCAUUUCGUCAACUGAUGGAUCUAAAGGUAUAAUUGGGUGUAUGAAAAUCAAUGAGGUUGU